AUGCCGGAGCAGGAGAGGCUGCGGCGGCUCCUGAGGCAGGUGCAGGAAGGCAGGUUGGAUCUCCUGAGGGAUCAGCUGCAUCCAGGGGACAUUCCAGAGGCAAACAGCUGGCGCUGGGGACGUCUAGGAGACACCUUGCUGCACCAUGCAGCUCGCUCCGGGCACCUGGAUGUGCUGGAAUACCUUGUCCAGGAGCUUGGGAUGGACGUGGAGGUGGUGAAUGGGGACUACAAGAGACCUAUCCAUGAAGCAGCUUCCAUGGGGCACAGGGAAUGUGUGGCUUUCCUCCUGGAGAGAGGAGCGAGUGUGGAUUGCUUGAAGAAGUCUGACUGGACUCCCCUCAUGAUGGCUUGCACCAGGAAGGACCUGGAGGUGAUCAAAACUCUUGUGGAGCAUGGAGCAAACCCACUGCUGAAGAACAAGGAUGGCUGGAAUUGCUUUCACAUUGCAAGCAGGGAAGGGCAUCCCCAGGUGCUCCAGUACCUGCUGGAGGUGUCCCCAGGCAGUUGGGACACAGAGAGCACCACAAAGAGGACACCUCUGCACACAGCAGCCAUGCACGGCUGUUCCCAGGUCGUGGAGCUGCUCCUGGAGCGGUGCCAAUACAAACCUGACAGCAGAGACAAGUGUGGAGUCACUCCCUUCAUGGAUGCUAUCCAGAAUGGACACGUCAGCAUCGCUCGGCUGCUCCUGGAAAAACACCAGGCCUGUCCUACAGCCAUGGAUGCAUUGGGUGCUCAACCUCUGCACAGAGCAGCUGUCACAGCCCAGGAUGGAGCCAUCCAGUUCCUUGUCACUGAGUUGGGUGUGGGUGUCAACGGGAGAGCAACAUCCCAGGAGCUCACAGCUCUGCACUAUGCAGCCAAGGAAGGCCACACACACACCAUCCAGACUCUGCUGUCCCUUGGUGCGAACAUCCAUGCCAAGGAUGGGAAGGGCCGUUCUGCCCUGCAUGCAGCCUGUGCUGGGCAGCAGGUGGCUGCCACACGCAUCCUGCUCCGUGCUGGGCUGAGGGAUGCUCCAGAUGCCACAGGAACACUGGCACGACAGCUUGCAAGGAAGCCAGAUGUCAUCCAGCUGUUCCAGGAAACUCAUGUCAGCACCUGA